AUGUCGAUCUCUUUCCUACUCCUUCUCGCAGUUACUUCCUCCCAAACCAAAUGGACCAAAGUUCAAGGCGUAGACCCAACUUCAGAACUUUCUUUCCUUAUAUUCCAAACGAGGUCAAGCAUAGAAAGCGUACAUCUCAUACAGCUCAAGGUCCUGGAAGAUAUAUUUCGUAAAGAUACGAAACCAAAUGCUGCCCUGCGUAAAAAGUUAGCAGCAGAGCUUGAUAUUCUUCCACGUGCGGUCCAGGUGUGGUUUCAAAACAGGCGUGCAAAGGACAAGGCUCUUCGGACACCUUCCCCAAUGAUUCUUCCAAUUCUUCCACCCCCACGGAAAAACCCACGCCCCUGCAGAAGACGAUCGACCACCCUCACCAGAGCCACAUCAGUGGAGCGAUUACCAGCAGCUGAAAGUCCUCUUACAAAGUUUUCCUUUUCUCUUCCUGCGCCCCCUACAGAAGCUUGGCACAGUGACCCAGCCACUCCUGCCGAAAUUCCCCACAUAGGGUCGCUGCCAAUCACCGCGUCCACGUCAAGUACAGACACCAACCAGCCACCUUCCCACCGGAUUCCGGCCCCUGGUGGAGCGUAUUUAUUUAGGCACCGCCUCGCAUUUGAGGGCCUAGGGUAG